AAUGGACUUGUCAACAUAGUGGCAAAUGCAGGAGGCGAUCGCGUCACUCCUGCAGUUGUUGCUGUACAUGAUGACGAGGUUGUGACAGGCUUGGCGGCUAAACAGGGCUUGGUUCGUCAUGGCCAGCGCUCGGUGCUAGGGGUGUUGCGUGAUAUAUCGGCAUCAGAGCCAUUGUUGGGCAACUUGCAAGGCUCCUGCCUGCCAGAGUGGGAUGAAGAUGGUGACGUGUCAUACUGUGUUCAGACGGAUUCUGGCCCCAGGACUGUUCAAGCUUCCAAUGUUAUCAAACACAUAUUCCUGCAGCUGAAAGAUGUAUCAUCCCGACACAACAGCGUUGCACAGUGCACCGCAUGCCUAUGUUUACCAGCCUGGGUGUCCAACAAAGCCGUGACAGUUGUUAAACAUGCAGCUCGAGAUGCUGGCUUCAAAUUGGUUUCUGUUAUCCUGCAACCAGUGGCUGCCUGCUUGGCUUAUGAUCUCCUGAGUGACCGCACAAAGUCGAUGCUGGUGGUUACCCUCCAUCUGGGCGAGAGCGGAGGACAAGGCUCUCUGGUGGAGAUCAGUGGCGGUGUGGCAACAGUCAAAGACAGCACGCGCUCCAGCUCUGCUCCAGGCUCUUCACUCACUAACAAACUCGUUGAGCAUCUUGCCAAGGAGUUCUACACUAAAUACCGCGGGGAUUGCCUGGAGAACAAGCGAUCGCGACAGAAGCUCUACAAUCAGGCGGAGACCGUGAAGCACGUCUUGUCCACGCUGCCGUCCGCUCAGGUUAAUGUAGACUCGCUGUGGGAAGGCAUGGACUUCUCAUGUCAGGUGUCUCGGGCGCGAUUUGAAGGCCUCAUCUCGUCUCUCCUGAGCGACUUCCUGCAGCCUACGCUCGACAUGCUUGCCAAGCUUGGCAUUGAGCCUGCUGCUGUGGACAAGGUAAUAUUGAGUGGUGGCACUUGCAAGAUCCCGCGCCUUCAGUCCCUUGUGAGCGAGAACUUCUGCAGGGCAGAGGUCCUGUGCAGUACCCCUCCUGACGAGGUGCUCGCUAAGGGUGCCGCUAUUGAGGCCGCUAACGUCCUGACGAAGCACACCAAGCCCACCGUCCCCUCCACCGUCGCCGUCAACGGCUCCCCAAAAACAAACAACCAACCCAAGGAAAACAAAAAAUCCAAAAAGAAAAGUCGCAGUGCGCCAGAAAAAAGUAAACCUGAUGUGUUGCGCAGUCAUCUUCCCGUGCUUGUGUCAGUGCUGUCGGUGCCCGUCUGGUGCUUGGUGGGAGAUGAAAGCGUGUGCGUGUUGCCCCGCCUGACACCGCCGCUGCUGCGCCACUCGGUCGCCGUGCCCGUGCCAUCCUGCGACGCCAGCGUCAGCCUCACCUUUUAUGAGGCGCCCAAGCCCGCCUCGCCGCCUCCGCCAAACGCAGUUCUCGCCGAGGUAAGUCUCACUUGA